AGAGAAAGGGGAGAGACGCUUGUCAGGGCUGCUGGUCUGGCAGGAAGCUGUGAGUGUGGUUAGCUGAGCGGAACAGUAGAGGGGAAGCAGUUUUGCCCUUUUUUGUACAGUAUUUGCUCUGCGUAGUCCCUCAGACUUAUCUGGAACCGGCUACUGAAGGACAAAACGAGAGUUAAGGAAGUCAGUGGUGCUUUUGGAUAGGCAUUAAGAUCAAGCUAGAGGCUCUAGAGACAACAUUGAUGACAAGCAAACAUCCACCGUUCUGUCAGAAGAGAGUCAGUGUAGUUGAGGCCUCAGACUAGUCAUGCUGUCAGUGUGAGCUCCCUGGAGAUUAUAUGGGCCCCGCGAUGGCAGUUUUGGCAGGUGUGAAGCCUGGGACUGGACAAAGGACAGGUGAAGGGAGGCUGUCCUGGCCAGUUUUCCUGCUGACAUUAGCUGCUGUCACCUCCUCCUCUCUUUCAGCUUUGUCCCUGUACCAACUGGUGGCUCUCAGAGCUGAGGUAGAGGGACUCAGAUCAGAGGUUUGUCGCAGGAGAGAAGAGGGACGAGAGGCCAAGCAUGCAGGCCAGACUGAGAAUAUCAGUCAGAGAAGCAGCCAAGAGUCCCUGCACCAACCUGGGCACCAACCUGGGUCUCAACCUGCUGUCACCCUGAUGAGGAGGAGAAGAUUGGCCUCAGGAUCGGAGCCAUUGGUUGCUCAGCCUUGCCUGCAGCUGUUGGCAAACAAUAGCAGGAAAACCUUCAGGAAAGAAUACAACUCGGAGCCUCACACGGGUAUCCCCUGGCAGGCUGGGCUGAGGAGAGGCUCUGCCCUGGAGGAGGACGGAGACAGCAUGUUAGUCAGAGAGGAGGGCUUCUACUUUGUGUACAGUCAGGUCUACUACAUGGACAGCACCUUUGCGAUGGGUCACGUGGUGAUCCGGAGGAAGAGGAACGUGGUGGGAGACGAGCCUCAGUAUGUGAUCUUGUUCCGCUGCAUCCAGAAUAUGAACCCUGUGUACCCUUACAACACCUGCUACACAGGAGGUAUUGUGAAGCUUGAGGUCGGUGACCACUUGGAGCUGCUGAUCCCUCGCUCCACAGCCAACGUGUCCCUGUACGGAGACGCCACCUUCCUAGGUGCCGUCAAACUGGCUUAAAGUGCAUCAUCUCAUUCAGGACCCAAGGGACACUGUUGCGAUGGUAAAAAGAGGUGCCAUAAUGGGAGCAAUGAGGCACAGCUCUAGUGACCUCGCCUGACUUUAGGUGAUGUGAAUAUGUGAGGUGAGAAGCAGCCAUUUCUGUACUGGCUGAAUCACAGACUGUGUCUAGCUUUGUUCAGCCUGAGGGGACAUGACGGGGACUAUGAGUUGAUGGCUUAGUCUUUACUCUACUCAAAAUGCAUGCACCUAGCUACAGCUGUAUUAUGUUCAUUUCUACGACACAUCAUGAAAGCAUUUUGUAAAAACUGUCAGGAUCACGCGCUUUUUCUUCAUAUAAUCACCAACACACGGCAAGGUCUGACUUGUGAGAUGUGACUUUGCCUGACUUGUAAGAGAUGUGUAACUUGUGUGUCAUUCUCACACUGUUUUGAUCAAUAAUCUUUCUUCCUGUAAGCAGCAGCAGCAUUUCUGUAAUAGUUCAUCUGCUUUGUUAAUUUAGAUAUCUCACCAUAAACAAGAGUGGCCUGAUUUAUCAUCUGAAUGCAGUAAUUUGAGUUUACCUAACUGAUUGAAAAUUCAGAUGCAAUAAAGUGACAGUUCUUUCACAAGAUAUGACAUCAUCGAGAA